GGGGAGAGGCGGCCGCACAGCCUGGUUCCCCGCGCCCUGCUCGCCGCCGCCGCUCGCGCGGGCACCGCCGCUGGCCCCCGCCCCGCCGCCGAGCGCACCCGCCCGGGCACACGCACCCCGCCGCUGGACGCACCCCCCGCACUCCUCCCGCGGCUCCGCCGGGCGCCCGAGCCGGGCAGAUGCGCCGCCGCGCGCCCCCCGCUCCGGGCCCGCCACCGUGCUCUGCCGCGCGCCGGGGGCUCCUCUCCCGGGCCCCCCUGGGCGCCCUCCGGCUCUGGUUCCCGCCCGCUCCUUGGAAUAACCCCUGAGGCUCCAGCCGUCACCGCAAAGUUUCCCGAGGAGACCCGCCUCCCCGGCCGCUGCGCAGGUGAGGAAGCAGGCAGUGGGCAAGAAGAUGGAUUCCUUUUUGGACAGACAAGACCAGAGAGUGAAGCGGGAAUAACUCAUCCUCCCUACCUCCCCAUCAAGGAAACCUCUACAAACAGGAGCAGCCAAGCAGGACUGAGGCCCUCGCCCCCCAAGCAUCUUCUCAAAGAAGGGCAUGUGGGGGCCUGACAGCUCAGCUGCAUGUGUCAGCAGCUCCAGCCCCACCAUGAACAUCUGAACUCCUCAGCAGGGUAAUGGACCCCCUCCUUUCCCCCGGAGACGCAGCCUGAGUGGCAGGAAUACAGAGCCUUUGGAGAGUGGCUCCCUCUCAGCUCCGUCAUGCAAGAACGCUUUCUGCACCCAGCCCAUUCUGCCAAGUGACUUAAAGGAAUUAAAAAAAAAAAAAAAGCCUUGGUAAACAAAAAGAGGGUAAAAGCCACGCAGAGGCCUUUCAGAAGAGGUAGCAGCCUGCAGACAAAAGGGCAAGAGUUGAAAAGGGCUGUGGAGGUAGCAAGCAGCAGAGGCCACCCUGCUCAGGGCUGGGUGCCAGGCCACAGGGCAUGCCCGACGAACAGGGAGUCGGAACCCCCUCAGGCCACCCUCGGGAGUCCUGGGGUCCAGAGGGGUGUCCCUGUACCCCUUGCACACAGGACCCUCACUCUGCAGGGAUAAGCCAGCUGCGCCUGCGGCCUAGGGUGCCAAGGAGGCUGCUGAUUGUGGCCCGCAGCCUCAUCUGAACACCAGGAGACCAGGAUACCGAGGCACCGGAUCCCCUCUCUGUGCCCUGGGGAGCCCCACUGCUGCCCAGUCACCCCAGGGCUGAGGUCUGCGUCCCUAGUGGUGCAAGGCCUGGUAGCACCACGGGGCAGGGAAUGUGAGCGCCAUCCGAGCUCACGGUGUCGAGUCGCGGCUUUGUGACUUUGGCAGGGGCCUCCGGACCAGUGACCCCAGUCAAACCCAGAGGCUCUUGGGCUGCAGCGACGAAGGAGGUAUUCAGGCUCCAGGCCAGGUGGGGCCGGACGCCCCCAGCCAUCCACCAUGGUGGUGGCACACCCCACCGCCACUGCCACCACCACGCCCACUGCCACUGUCACAGCCACCGUCGUGAUGACCACGGCCACCAUGGACCUGCGGGACUGGCUGUUCCUCUGCUACGGGCUCAUCGCCUUCCUGACGGAGGUCAUCGACAGCACCACCUGCCCCUCGGUGUGCCGCUGCGACAACGGCUUCAUCUACUGCAACGACCGGGGACUCACAUCCAUCCCCGCAGAUAUCCCUGAUGACGCCACCACCCUCUACCUGCAGAACAACCAGAUCAACAACGCUGGCAUCCCCCAGGACCUCAAGACCAAGGUCAACGUGCAGGUCAUCUACCUAUAUGAGAAUGACCUGGAUGAGUUCCCCAUCAACCUGCCCCGCUCCCUCCGGGAGCUGCACCUGCAGGACAACAACGUGCGCACCAUCGCCAGGGACUCGCUGGCCCGCAUCCCGCUGCUGGAGAAGCUGCACCUGGAUGACAACUCCGUGUCCACCGUCAGCAUUGAGGAGGACGCCUUCGCCGACAGCAAACAGCUCAAGCUGCUCUUCCUGAGCCGGAACCACCUGAGCAGCAUCCCCUCGGGGCUGCCGCACACGCUGGAGGAGCUGCGGCUGGACGACAACCGCAUCUCCACCAUCCCGCUGCAUGCCUUCAAGGGCCUCAACAGCCUGCGGCGCCUGGUGCUGGACGGUAACCUGCUGGCCAACCAGCGCAUCGCCGACGACACCUUCAGCCGCCUACAGAACCUCACAGAGCUCUCGCUGGUGCGCAAUUCGCUGGCCGCGCCACCCCUCAACCUGCCCAGCGCCCACCUGCAGAAGCUCUACCUGCAGGACAAUGCCAUCAGCCACAUCCCCUACAACACGCUGGCCAAGAUGCGUGAGCUGGAGCGGCUGGACCUGUCCAACAACAACCUGACUACGCUGCCCCGCGGCCUGUUCGACGACCUGGGGAACCUCGCCCAGCUGCUGCUCAGGAACAACCCUUGGUUUUGCGGCUGCAACCUCAUGUGGCUGCGGGACUGGGUGAAGGCACGGGCGGCCGUGGUCAACGUGCGGGGCCUUAUGUGCCAGGGCCCUGAGAAGGUCCGGGGCAUGGCCAUCAAGGACAUUACCAGCGAGAUGGACGAGUGUUUUGAGACGGGGCCGCAGGGCGGCGUGGCCAAUGCGGCCGCCAAGACCACGGCCAGCAACCACGCCUCUGCCACCACGCCCCAGGGUUCCCUGUUUACCCUCAAGGCCAAAAGGCCAGGGCUGCGCCUCCCCGACUCCAACAUUGACUACCCCAUGGCCACGGGCGAUGGCGCCAAGACCCUGGCCAUCCACGUGAAGGCCCUGACGGCAGACUCCAUCCGCAUCACGUGGAAGGCCACGCUCCCCGCCGCCUCUUUCCGGCUCAGUUGGCUGCGCCUGGGCCACAGCCCAGCCGUGGGCUCCAUCACGGAGACCUUGGUGCAGGGGGACAAGACAGAGUACCUGCUGACAGCCCUGGAGCCCAAGUCCACCUACAUCAUCUGCAUGGUCACCAUGGAGACCGGCAAUGCCUACGUAGCUGAUGAGACACCCGUGUGUGCCAAGGCAGAGACAGCUGACAGCUACGGCCCUACCACCACACUCAACCAGGAGCAGAACGCUGGCCCCAUGGCGAGCCUGCCCCUGGCGGGCAUCAUCGGCGGGGCCGUGGCUCUGGUCUUCCUCUUCCUGGUCCUGGGGGCCAUCUGCUGGUACGUGCACCAGGCUGGCGAGCUGCUGACCCGGGAGAGGGCCUACAACCGGGGCAGCAGGAAAAAGGAUGACUAUAUGGAGUCGGGGACCAAGAAGGACAACUCCAUCCUGGAAAUCCGCGGCCCUGGGCUGCAGAUGCUGCCCAUCAACCCUUACCGCGCCAAAGAGGAGUACGUGGUCCACACUAUCUUCCCCUCCAACGGCAGCAGCCUCUGCAAGGCCACACACACCAUUGGCUACGGCACCACGCGGGGCUACCGGGACGGCGGCAUCCCCGACAUAGACUACUCCUACACAUGAUGCCCGCCCACCCGGGCUGCCCCGCCUCAGCCCCAGCUACCCUGGCGUGGCCACGUGGCUUUGCCCAGCCUGCUGCAAUCCAAGAGAGCAAGGAAGAGAAAUUCCACGGGUGACUUUCCCCCGCAGAAAGCAAAGUUUGGGGAGGGCUAACGAUUUUGUAGAACACAACAGUGACAAUUUUUUUUAAAAGAAUAGAAGGCAGGAGGGGGAAUUCGACAUUGUUGAAGACAUAAUUUAUACCGAGUUAUGCCAGUUGGGGAGGGAAGGACUAAAAAUAAUAUUGCAGGCAGGGCUGGGUUGGGUUUUUUUUUUUUUCCCCCCUGAACUGGAAGGAUACUACCUGUACAACAUCUGUGGACACCUCAUGCUCUGUUCAGGGCCAUCACAAAGGAACCGCCAGGGAGAAGCAGCCAGCUCUCAAAGCUCCCACGCAGCUCUCCUGCCGCUGGCCACUCGCUGGCGACCCGAUGGAAGGUUUUCAGGCUCCUCACAAAGGAGAGAGGGAAGAAAAGAUCUUUUGCCCUGGAGAUAUGGUCCUGAAAUCUCUCCCCUGGCUUAUUCCAUACCAUUUCCCUUGCAGAUUUGCAGAAACAUGGCGUCUUUCACUGCAUUCUUUGAACAAUCAUGUAGUCGAUUAAAAAAAAAACAAACUUUUUUUUCCUAGGCUGAAGCCCUCUUCAGUUCCAUGCACCACGCUCCGUAGAAGCCCCGGCGGAAGCCGUAGCUUUCCCUGCCACCUGGAGGUGCAUCUGUCUGCCUGUCUAUCCCUGUCGCGGUGUCUCUAAGUACAGAUGGGUAGAUAGAGCCAUAUGCACGGUCCUUACCGUUCUUCUUGGGUCAGUUCUUACCAUUUCCUGAACAAUAGAAUUGCGAAAGUGUUGCUUUCUCCUAGAAAUCCUUGAGUAAGUAGACCAUGUUUUGGGGAUGGGAGUGAGGUGGGGGAGGAGACUUGGUCUCCAGGGGCUGCUGCUGUUCCUAAAGGCUGAGGUGUGUAUGUCUCAGACGGGUGGCUUAGGGAGGUGUCGCAGCUGGGGCUGCCAGUCCCAUCCUGGCUCAGCUUGGCCAGCGCUGGGCUGCUCGCCUUUCUGAUAUAGAUAAAAGCUUUAUUUGAUUCCA